AAUGUAUGCGGUAAGUAGAAAGAAUUGCACGACCCUGUAACGCAAUGGCGGCUUCUUCAAAAGAUUCACGAUCGUCCGUUCAGAUUAACCGGCACGAGGAUCGUUACAUUGGUUACAUCGGUAACAAGAGAGAGAGACCCUGAAGAGGGGGUUUGAAGUGCAUAUACUGAUAGUCGGUUGGUAGGGAGAUUUUUGUUCCAAUAGUGGUGGGACGAAAGUUAGGUGUUACUGAGUACCAGAAGACGAACUGGUGACCGAACGGAGAGAGGCGGAAGGGCGGGGAUCUGCGAAGAAAGGCAAGAGCUAUAAAAGAGGCACCGGUUCCGACGAUGGGCAUCAAACACCUCAACAUGAAGGUGUUCGCGAUUACGAUUCUUUUGGCGCUCGUAGCCACUGCCUAUGCCGGUUACAUAAGCAGCGGUUGGUCUGGUGGAGGUGGUGGCUGGAAUGGAGGUGGCGGUGGCUGGUCUGGUGGCGGUGGUGGUGGCGGCUGGAAGUACGGAGGUGGUGGAGGUGGAGGCGGAGGUGGCGGAAAAAUCAUCAAAGUGAUCACUGUUAGCGGUGGAGGCGGUGGAUGGCCUAGUGGGGGCGGUGGUGGAUGGGCUGGAGGUGGUGGCGGAUGGCCGAGUGGUGGCAGUGGUGGAUGGAAAGGAGGAUGGAGCGGUGGUGGUGGUGGAUGGAGCGGUGGUGGUGGUGGAGGCGGCUGGUGGUAAAGGACAAACCGGGGACCAGGCGAAUAAUUAGAAGGAAAUUUUGCUCACCGAUCACCACCAGUGCACAUCUUGGCUGUAAUCACCGAUUCUCGGUUCACGAAGAGAUAGUCCUGAUCCCUCUCCUUACCGAUUUUUUUUCUUCUUCUUCUUUUUUUAUUCUUGUAUGCAAGGAAGAGCAUCGCGAACGAAUAAUGCAUCCAUAAAGGAAGAAGGCGGAAAUAACAUGAUCGCGACCAAGGAACCGUUUCCAUCUCGCGAAUUCCGAAAUAUAAGCACGCAAAAAA